AUGGUGAAUCCAGCAAAGUACAUUUCUUCAAACGAGAUGCAAAAAUGCAUCAUAUCAAGAGUAAUAAAAGAGUUUAUCAAAAACCUAAAAAGUAUAUCUGGAAUAUGUAUGGAUGUUGGUUGUGGUCCCGGAGACAUAACAAAUAAUAUCCUUCUACCAUCUCUUGAUUUAAAUUCUGUAAUAAUAGGUACUGAUAUUCAGAUGACCAUGAUUGAAUAUGCGAAGAAAGUGUAUAGUCACAAUACUCGUCUCAAAUUCGAAAUGUUGGACAUUCAAACUAAAAACUUACCUGAAAAAUAUAUUUCUAAGUUUAAUCACAUAUUUUCAUUUUUUACUUUGCAUUGGUGCAAUGAACUCAGGAAAGUAUUUGAAAAUAUAUACUGCAUGCUUCAACCUGGUGGAACUAUGCUUAUACUGUUUCCAAUUCAUCAUGUAAUAUUUGAUGUGCUUAAGAAUAUUGCACAUAAUUUCCGUUUUGCGCCUUACUUACAGAAUCUAAAUAAAUACAUACCAUUAUUUUAUAAUUUGGCCCUACCUAAUGAAGAUCUGAAAGACUUACUUGAAAGUAUCGGCUUUAACGUUCAACAUUGCAAGCUUUGGGAAGAUUUUUUCGAUAUAAAUACAGAUGUAUUUCUAAGUUAG